CAAAACAGCAAAGAACAAACGUCUUCUUCUUCUUCUUCUUCUCUCUACACAACAAAGAGCUUCUCUCUCUCUUUUGUCUUUCCCAUUCUUUUCUCUUUUGUCCUCCUUCCUCUACACUCUCCGUAUCUUACAAUCGAACCCGAAACGUCUCUUCUUCCUUCUCUUUCUGUCUAUUUUCAAAACCAUUUCUCUCAAUCUCUCUCGGCUCUUGUCUCCUUGAUGAUACUACCCUUGUCUUCAUUCCCACUCCCGACAUACCCAUUUCAUCUCCAUCUCCUACUUUUAAGAAAAAUCUAAUCUUUCGUGUCUUUUCACUAACCAACACGGCAUUUCCACUCGCAAAUCUAUAAAAGUUCGAUACUUUAUCGGUCUGAAUCUCGAGAAUUCCAAAGAUUCACAGACCCACGUGCUCUCCUAUUUAAAGUAACUUUUUUAAGAUGGAAGCAGAAACAUCUUGGACUCAUUAUCCGUACAACUACAUUACUACUACAUACAUCACUGAAGCUGAACCAUACUCUGAGCAAAGCGAUGAUGAUGAGACCACCAAAGACCAAACCCUCUCAAUAGAUUCUCUCCUCCCAGACGAUUUACUAGAGAGAAUCUUAUCCUUUCUCCCUAUUGCAAGCAUCUUCAGAGCAGGAACCGUCUGCAAAAGAUGGAACGAGAUUGUAUCUUCUCGUAGAUUCUUAUGGAACUUCUCCAACAACAACAACAACUAUGUCUCUCAGAAGCCUUGGUACUUCAUGUUCACUAGCACUGAUGAUCCAUCCGGUUAUCUUUAUGACCCGGUUAUCAAGAAAUGGUAUACCUUUGACCUCCCUUGUAUCGAGACUUCGAAUUGGUUUGUUGCUUCCUCUUGUGGAUUGGUUUGUUUCAUGGACAAUGACUGUAGAAACAAGAUCUACGUCUCAAACCCUAUCACUAAACAAUGGAGGAGACUCAUUGAGCCACCAGGUCAUAAAUCUACAGACUACACAGCUUUGUCUACAUCCAUGAACAGAGCAAAACAGAGCUACUCUGUUUCUGUAGUGAAGUCAAAGCAAGUUCCGGGGGAUUUUUUUCAAUGGGAACUCUCUAUUCACCUCUACAGCUCUGAGACAAUGACGUGGACAACUUCCUUAACCGAUGUGUUAACCGGAUGGAGAGGAGGAGACGAGAGUGUGAUCAUCAAGAAUGUUCUUUACUUCUUGAUUUACUCUACAGGAGGGUCUGAUCAUCGCCACGGUUUGAUUGCUUCCAACUUAUCAUCCUCCUCCUCCACGUCAUCUUUGAUGAGGAGUUUCAUUACAAUGCCGUGUUCUUUAACCUGUGGGAGGUUGAUGAAUCUCAAGGAGAGGCUUGUGGUCGUUGGAGGGAUAGGGAAACAAGAUAGGCCAGACAUUAUCAAAGGGAUUGGGAUAUGGUGUUUGAGAGAAGGUGGGAGAGAGUGGCAAGAGAUGGCGAGGAUGCCUCAGAGAUACUUCCAAGGGUUUGGUGAGUUGGAUGAUGUUUUUGCGAGUAGUGGUGCUGAUGAUAUGGUUUAUAUACAGAGUUAUGGUUCUCCUGCGCUUUUGACUUUUGACAUGAAGUUAAAGUGUUGGAAGUGGUCUCAGAAGUGUCCUGUCUCCAAGAAGUUCCCUCUUCAGCUCUUUACUGGGUUUAGCUUUGAGCCAAGACUCGAGAUUGCUCCUUGA